GGAAUUCAAGCAGCUUUAACUGCACAGGCUUCUGGUUUGGGUAGCCAUCAACAAUAAGGUCUUCUCACCACCUAAACCAAAGAGACGGUGGCGGACAAGGCUGUCUGCCACCGUGCCAACCUCCUCCUCCUUCUUCUUCGUCUGCCAGACCAGUCGCAGCAGAUGGCAUAUCCUCCUGUCGUUCUUCCUCCCCCUUACCCUACCUAAACGACGUGCCCUGUCUCAUACAGAUACAUACACCUACACGAGAGAGGAGGAGAGGCGAAGAAGAAGAAGAAGAUGGCGUUCUUCUGCUUUCUGGUGGACCAGCGGCGGACGGUGAGGAGCAGCAAGCCGGCGGCCGGGAUCUGCUCGCGCUGCGGUGGCUGCGCCAGCGCCGCCGACAUGGUGACCCUCACGCGAUUCUGCUACGUCCCCGUUCAUCGUAAGACCUGGCGGGCCAUCAUCUGCACCUUCUGCGGCGCCUUCCUCAAGUCCUACCACCGGUAGAUGCAUGCAGACGAUACCUGCAGAUCGAAACGUUCGCGUAUGCAAAGCAUCAUUUACAUGUACGAUGGAAUGGAUAUAUCUUGUGAGUUAGUUCGAUUUGA